CUUCCACCAUGGACGACUCUCUGAUGGAUGACUCCGUCUUCGAUAUCUCCGAUGGCGGGAGCUCUGAUUUUGCCCCCGAGCCUGCGCCAAAGCCCAAGGCCAAGGCGGCUUCGAAGAAGGCGGCUAACGCCCCCAAAGCAACCACCAAGAAGAUGACCCAGACCACACUUAAGCCGAAGGCCAAAUCAGCACCCGCCAAAAAGAAGGCCAAGGCCGACAGUGAAGAUGAAAUGUCUGAUGCACACAUGUCCGAUGAUGAUGAUGAUGAUGGCGAUUCCUUGCUCUCCCACACCCCUCCUAAGGCGAAGAAGGCUUCUGCGCCUAAACGAGCUGGCUCAAAGCCGCUCGCAGAUGUGGAGAAUGAGUCCUUUGGAGGAGAAGGUGUAUCUGAGGCGGCGGGGAAGAACGGAAAUGCAUCGGAGAAGUACCAGAAGCUUACACAACUUGAACACAUCAUCAAACGUCCUGAUACCUACAUUGGUUCCAUAGAGGCUACCUCCCAACAGAUGUGGGUUUACAACUCUGAGUCCGAGUCGAUGGAGUUCCGUCAAGUCUCUUUUGUUCCCGGUCUCUACAAAAUCUUUGACGAAAUUGUUGUCAACGCCGCCGACAACAAGCACAACGAUAAGAACAUGAACGAGAUCCGGGUGACCAUCAGUCGCGAGAACGGUGAAAUCAGCGUGUGGAACAAUGGACGUGGUAUUCCCAUCGAGAUCCACUCCAAAGAGAAGAUCUACGUUCCGGAGCUUAUUUUCGGCCACCUUCUCACAUCUUCCAACUAUGACGAUACCCAGCAGAAGGUCACUGGUGGCCGAAACGGUUUCGGUGCUAAGCUGUGUAACGUGUUUUCAACCGAAUUCACCAUCGAAACUCAGGACUCGCGCCAAAAGAAGAAGUACAAGCAAACCUGGAACGACAACAUGACCAAGAUGGGCAAGGCGAAGAUAACCGAUGCCGCCAAGGGCGAUGACUACACCAAGGUCACAUUCAAGCCCGACUUCUCCAAGUUUGGCAUGGAGGGAAUCGACGACGACUUCGAGGCCCUCGUGAAGCGCCGUGUCUACGAUCUGGCGGGUACAUCCAGCGUUGCUGUCAAGCUGAAUGGUACGCGUGUUCCGAUUCGGAACUUCCGAAAGUACAUGGAGAUGUACACCAAGGCUAUUCGCAAGGAGCGUGGUGAUGACGGCCCCCCUGCCAAGGACGAGAUCAUAACCUGCAGCCCCGACCCUCGCUGGGAGAUUGGUUUUGCGGUCUCAGAUGGUGCCUUCCAGCAGGUUUCGUUCGUCAACUCUAUUGCUACGACCUCUGGAGGAACUCACGUUAACUACAUUGCCGAUCAGAUCUGUAAUCGCCUGGCUGAUCAGGUCAAGAAGAGAAACAAGAGUGGUGCUACUCUGAAGACCGCCCAGAUCCGAAACCACAUCUUCAUCUUCGUCAAUGCUUCCAUUGUCAAUCCUGCUUUCACCUCGCAGACCAAGGAGCAGUUGACCACCAAGGCGAGCCAGUUCGGUAGCAAGUGUGUCCUCGAAGAAGAUUUCUACAAGAAGGUCCUCAAGACGGAAGUGAUGUCCAACAUCCUGCACUUUGCUGAGCAAAAAGCCGAUCAAAUCCUGAAGAAGAGUGAUGGCGGACGCCGCACCCGCAUGAACAACCCCAAGCUCGUGGAAGCCAAUAAGGCGGGUACUCGGGAAGGCCAUCACUGCACCCUGAUCCUGACGGAAGGUGACUCUGCCAAGGGUCUGGCCAUGGCUGGACGUGCGGUCGUAGGUCCCGAUCUUUUCGGUGUCUUCCCACUUCGUGGAAAGUUGCUCAACGUCCGUGAUGCGUCGUUCGACCAAAUCUCCAAGAACCAAGAAAUCCAAAACAUCAAGAACUUCAUUGGCCUGCAGCACAAAAAGGAGUACACCGAAACUAAGGGUCUCCGGUACGGGCACAUCAUGAUUAUGACUGAUCAGGAUCACGACGGUAGUCACAUCAAGGGUUUACUCAUCAACUUCCUUCAGGCGCAGUUCCCGAGCUUGCUCAAGAUCCCUGAAUUCCUCAUCGAAUUCAUCACCCCAAUUAUCAAGGUUUGGAAAGGUGAUCCCAAGAACCCAUCCAAAUCGAAAUCAUUCUUCACCAUGCCAGAGUAUGAGGCGUGGAAGGAGGAGCACAAAGAUGAACGGGGAUGGGACCACAAGUACUACAAGGGUUUGGGAACUAGUUCCACAGAGGAUGCCCAGGUCUACUUCCGCGACCUUGAUCGUCACCUCAAAGAGUUUCACACUAUGCAAGAGAAAGAAGCGGAGCUUAUCGAGCUGGCAUUCUCUAAGAAGAAAGCAGAUGAGCGAAAGGAAUGGUUGCGCCAGUACAAGCCUGGUACCUUUUUGGAUCACACCACAGCCAAGAUCACUUACACCGACUUCAUCAACAAGGAGCUCAUUCUUUUCAGUAUGGCGGACAACCAGCGUUCCAUUCCGUCCGUCGUCGAUGGUCUGAAACCCGGUCAGCGCAAGGUGUUGUACACUUGCUUCCGCCGUAACUUGAAGAAGGAUAUGAAGGUCGUUGAGCUGGCCGGUCUCGUUUCCGGAAUGACGGCCUACCAACACGGCGAUACCUCGCUCCAGCAAACGAUCGUUGGCUUGGCUCAGACUUUUGUCGGUUCCAACAAUAUCAACUGCCUUGAACCAAGUGGAAACUUUGGUAGUCGACUCCAGGGUGGUGGCGAUUGUGCCAGUGCUCGUUACAUUUACACUCGCCUGUCGCCGUUCGCCCGCAGAGUCUUCCACACCGCGGACGAGCCGUUGCUGACUUACAACAUGGACGAUGGUCAGAAAAUUGAACCUGAAACCUACAUGCCCGUGGUUCCUAUGAUCCUGAUCAACGGUGCCGAUGGUAUCGGAACCGGAUGGAGUUCCUCGAUUCCCAACUACAAUCCCGAGGAUGUGGUCAGCAACAUCAAGCGAUUGAUGAAAGGCGAGCCCGUUGUGCCCAUGGAGCCUUGGUUCCGUGGAUUUACUGGCGAAGUUGUCGCUUUGGGCGGCGAUCGAUACAAGUUCAGUGGUAUCAUCAAGGAGACUGGCGACAAGGAGGUUGAAAUCACCGAGUUGCCCAUCCGCACCUGGACUCAGGACUUCAAAGACAAGUUGGAAGAAAUCAUCAAGGCUGAGAAGGUGCCCUCGUUCAUCAAGGAUUACAGAGACUACAACACCCACAGCAAGGUUCACUUCGUGAUUCAGCUCGACGAGAAGAACAUGAAAUCCGCCCUAUCAGGCGGCCUGGAAGAGAAGUUCAAGCUCUCCAAGACCAUUGCAACCACUAAUCUGGUCGCCUUCGAUCCGGAAGGUCGUAUCACCAAGUACUCCACUGUUGAUGAUAUCCUUAAGGAGUUCUACACCGUUCGUCUCAAGUACUACGAGCGCCGCAAGCAACACCAGCUUUCAGAACUUCAGAAGGAAUUGGAGAAGCUGAGCAACCAAGCUCGCUUUAUUCAAAUGAUUAUCGAUGGCUCGCUGGUCAUCUCUAAGAAGAAGAAGAGUGUUCUCGUCACUGAACUGAAGGAGAAGGGCUUCAAGCCUAUUGCCAAGGUGGUCGAAGCCGCCAAGCUGGGUGAGGACGAGCCUGUCGUCGAGGAAGGCGGGGAAGCCGAUAACCGCGAGACCGAGGUGUUGUCAAGCUCUUACGACUACCUGCUCGGCAUGCCAAUCUGGUCGCUAACCCAAGAGCGUGUUGAGAAACUCCGUCGCCAGAUUGGCGAUCGUGAGAUGGAGGUUGAUGCCUUGAUCAAGCUCUCCAAAGAGGACAUUUGGAAUCAGGAUCUGGAUGAUUUCAUCAACGAGUGGCGCUUCCAGCUCGAGGAUGAAGAGCGCCGUCUCCGUAAGGCUGCUGGCCUGGGCCGUCGUGUCUCAUCGAAGCUCGCGACUUCCGCUGGUGCUCGGGGUGGCGCUGCGGCACGCAAGCGCAAGGCUGCUGCCGGCGAUGACCCGGAUGAUGAGGACUUUGCGGCGCCAAAAGCGAAGAAGACGACCGCGGCUAAGAAGAAAGAACAGCCGACUAACAGCUUGGCUAAUUUCCUCAACAAAUCAUCGGCCAAACCGAAGGCAUCACCCACCGAUGGGGCUGUUGACUCGGAUGACGACUUUGAAUUUGAGAUGGAAGUAAUGCCCAAGAAGAGCCGCGGAGCAUCGAAGCCAGCGCCCAAGGCAGAAAACGUUGAUGAUGGUGAUUUCAUGGACAUGGACGAGAAUCCCGCAGACGCUCCCUCUCACACAUCGGCCCAGCCCGCUCCUGAUCCAUUUGAUGUGGACGAGGAGCCCGAAGUGGAUCAGCCAAAGCCCAAGCCGGCUGCGAGGCGAGGACCUAAGCCCAAAGCCAAGCCCGUCGUCGAUGAUGAUUCCGAUGACGAUUUCCUCGAGAUUGCAAAGGAAGCCCCCAAGCCUGCUGCUCAGUCUGGUGCUCGUGCUCGCAAACCCGUCAAGUAUGCCGCGCCCAUCGACUCGGACAGCGACAACGGAGAUGACCUCCUCGGUGAUGUCAGUCAGAUGGUCAAGGGCAUCGGAGGUGGUGACUCGGAGUCUCGGCCCAUGAUCUCUUCUUCGCGAUCCCGUGCUGGAAGUAGCGCCAGCUUGUUGCCUCCCAGGUCGGCCACCAAGAGCAACAAUGAUUUCGACCCGGAUGCGACCGACUACAGCAAGCUUAUUCCUCAGAACUCGCCUCGACGUUCGCUGCAAAUCAAGCCUAGGGAAGUCUCAAGGAUCGAGGAUGAGGAUGAUGAUGAAGAGGAGGAAGACUCGCCCAUGAAGCCUGCUCCUAAAGCGAAGCCCGCGCCCAAGCCCAAGGCUGCCCCCAAGGCUGCUGCUGUCCCAAAGGUCCGUGGUCGGCCGAAGAAGGAUGCCGCUGCGGCAACUGCCAAGUCUGCCCCGGCAAAGACGGUCAAGAAGAAGCCGGUUGAUGACUUCUCGGAGGAUGACAUUGAUGCCAUGGCCAAUGACAUUCUAGAUUCCCCAGCAGGCAAGAGGGACGCAUCGGAUGAUGAGCCCGCGCCUGCGCCUCGACGAGCUGCGGCAGCUCGUCCGUCUCGACGCACAGCCACGCAAGCAAAGAAGACCUAUGUCAUCGAAGAUGAAAGUGAAGAUGAGGGAUCGGCCGAUGAUUUCGAAGAUGAAGAUGAGAGUGACUAG